GAGAGAGUUACCAUAGUCAAGAGGAAGCUGACGUGUAGGAAUGAGCAUACUACAAAUAUAUAGCAAGUAAAAGCUUAAUCACCACCCAAGCAAAGAGAGACCUCACCUCCCAAAUCCCCAUAGAAAAGAAAAUAAAAAAGCUCUCAACUAUUCAUAUUCAUCCACUCUCUCAAAGCCAAAAGACCAAAAUUCCUCUCUCUUUAUCUCUAAAUCCUUUGAGAAAUAUCUCAUACCACUCUCUAGGAUAAACAGAGAGCCUUUUUGAUCAAAAAGCCCACUUCUUUGCUUCUAAUUUGAUCCAAAUUUUGCUGUGUUUGUCUAAGAAAAACGUCAAAUUCUCUUCAAUUGUUGACGGAUGCAGAUGGGUUUUCAGGAAUCGUGGGUUGCUCUGAUAUGUUUGAGACUUGAAGUUUGUUGAUCAAUAAACAUAUUUGUCAAGCAAUUUAGAACUUCUCGUUUGCAAAGCUUGGCCACUGCGAAUUUUGGCAGUGCCAAUGGAUGCCACAGCGAGCGGAACCCCAACUAUACAAUACCAUAACAUUCCUGACCAGCCAAUUACCACUAUUGUUGUUGCCACUCCUGUACCAACAUUCGAAAGGCGGCAACGCCAUUGCUUUGGGACCUCCAUCCCCGGAGAAUUCCCUUUAGCUGCCAACCCCUCCAUUGUCCUUCAUGUCCUUACUGCAUGCAAUUUGGAUCCUCAAGACCUUGCAAAGCUAGAGGCAACAUGCUCCUUUUUCAGGCAGCCUGCAAACUUUGCUCCUGACUUUGAAUUGUCCAUAUCAGAGCUUGCUGCUCUAGACAUGUGCCAAAAGAGAGGUAUAUUUAAGCCAAUGACAGCUGAGCAACGUCAAGAAUUGAAGCAAAGGUGUGGGGGUUCAUGGAAACUGGUCCUGAAGUUCUUGUUGGCUGGAGAGGCAUGUUUCAGAAGGGAGAAAUCACAGGCAAUAGCAGGGCCGGGUCACAGCAUUGCUGUAACUUCAAAAGGAACUGUCUAUUCAUUUGGCUCUAACAGCUCAGGACAGCUUGGACAUGGCACCACUGAAGAGGAAUGGCGGCCUCGGCAAAUCAGAUCUUUGCAAGGCAUUCGAAUUGUUCAAGCAGCUGCUGGGGCUGGCAGGACAAUGCUGAUCAGUGAUGCUGGGAAAGUUUAUGCCUUUGGAAAGGACUCUUUUGGCGAAACUGAGUACGGGGUUCAAGGAUCAAAGCUGGUCACUACUCCACAGUUGGUUGAAUCUUUAAAAGAUAUAUUUGUGGUGCAAGCUGCAAUUGGAAAUUUCUUCACAGCCGUGUUGUCAAGAGAGGGAAGGGUAUAUACAUUUUCUUGGGGCAACGAUAGCAAACUUGGUCACCAAACUGAGCCAAAUGAUGUUGAGCCCCAUCCUUUGUUGGGCGCACUUGAGAAUGUACCCGUGGUACAAAUUGCAGCGGGAUACUGCUACCUUCUUGCUCUGGCUUGUCAACCUAAUGGCAUGUCUGUUUACUCUGUUGGCUGUGGCUUGGGUGGGAAGCUUGGACACGGUUCAAGAACUGAUGAGAAGCAACCCCGACUUAUUGAGCAGUUUCAGCUUCUGAACCUUCAGCCUAUGGUUGUUGCUGCUGGUGCUUGGCACGCUGCUGUGGUGGGCCAGGAUGGACGGGUCUGCACAUGGGGCUGGGGCCGUUAUGGGUGCUUGGGUCAUGGGAAUGAGGAGUGUGAAUCAGUUCCUAAGGUUGUGGAAGCAUUGAGCAAUGUGAAAGCAGUGCAUGUUGCUACAGGGGAUUACACAACCUUUGUGGUUUCCAAGGAUGGUGAUGUGUACUCAUUUGGUUGCGGAGAAUCAGCUAGUCUAGGACAUAGUACUGCUACCGACGGACAGGGAAAUAGGCAUGCAAAUGUGUUGGCACCAGAGCUUGUGACAUCGCUGAAGCAAGUGAAUGAGCGGGUUGUACAGAUCAGCCUCACCAACUCCAUAUACUGGAACGCUCACACUUUUGCACUCACUGAAUCAGGGAAGCUAUACGCAUUUGGAGCUGGGGACAAAGGGCAGCUUGGCAUUGAGCUUGUUGCCAACCAGACUGAAAGGGGAAAUCCAGAGCAGGUUGAUAUUGAUCUCAGAUAGAGUUCAUCACAGUAUCAAAUCAAUAGCUUUCCUUGCCACACCACCACCAAGCUUCUUUUAUCCUCUAAUUUAUCAUCAUCAUAACGCAUUGCAUUUGAUGUUUACAUUUCCAUGUCUAUUUUGUACAUAGAAACAAAGAAUUGUGAAGUUUGAAGCUGUAGGGGGGUACAUAGGGGCCUAAGACAAAUGCUAAAUGGUUGUUGAUAUCUGAAAAUGUUGGCUUUGCACUUAGGCUUCAAGUAGUUGAAUAGCUGAUACAUUUGUCAAGGUUCAUUCAUCUCAUAACUUGUUUAUCUCAAUUAAAUUGAUAAUUUAUCUGCUUGGGUUAAAAAUGGGGAAAA